UCGAAUUCAGCAGCAGACUCAUCCGGUGCAACAAGGGGAGGUGUAGGAGAGGUUGCCUGCGGUCAGAUUCCACCCUCAGACGCGCACACCGCAUGCCUGGUAUGUAUCUUACAGCAGCUCGGGUAUGGCUGUGACCGAUUGCGGACGAGCACAAACGCCACGCCCUGGUUGGUGGCUAAAGACACGCACUCCCAGGCGCCUCCGCAAGGCGCGAUCCGAAGAUCCACAUGCUUCUGGAACGGAGCGUUUGGCCCAAUCAUUGUGGAGAAACGGUAUCACGGUGAUGUCGUCGAUUCACAGGCGUCACAGCCGCUGCCCCCAGGUUAUGCGGGGCCGCGCUUCCGGAAUCCGGACGCUUUCAUAUUUAGUACAGAGCACAGUGGCACACAGAGUACGGUACCUACUUGCUGUACUGCCCGGAAGGCAGUCAGGCAGGUACUGUACUGCGUGGCUGUCUCAGAAUCUCCGUCAGAGGCCAGGCAAUCAGGUUAGAAAUGUGCUGAAUAGCAGGUUGAUCUCAUUCAUUCAUUGGUCAACUCGUCGAGGCUCCUCUUAUCAGGCACCAGAUAUCAUCAUCUACGCCUAUUCACAGACCUCUUCUCAGCCCUUCCAAUGAAGAGAGAGCGCGCAGCCUGGGGCGGGCCUUGGGCGAUCUGAAAGUAUCCCCGAGGUUUUCCCCCUCUGCCCACCCCCGGAUACCUCAUUCUCUGACUACUUGGUCGCACCAUUUGGCUUCUCCUCCCGGACCUGCCUCGGGGAA